UAAAUUAUACAAGAAAGAAAUGCAGAUAACUGUUAGUAUGGUUUAUACUUAUCUCUUCAUCGCUGUGAUUGUACAUGUACGAGAAUGGGAUCAAAAGGAUAAUGAUAGACUUGACUUGCGAUACCAAUCUAACAUUACAACUGUCACGCCAGAGAGCAGUUCAAGCUGCAGCAGACACAUAAACAAGUAUUCCGAAGAAGCUGAAACAAACUUUAAACGAGAAAUUAACAAGAAUUGUUCGACAUUACAGAGCAAUGUGAAUACAUGUUUAGAAAAGUACAAAAAAUUUGAAAAUGAACUGAGAGAUAUGACAACCGUUAUUUUGGGAAUCAGUUCAAACUGCAGCAGAUCUAUCGAGGAGUAUUCAAAUGAAACUGAAACAAACUUCAUUAACCUUAAACAAGAAAUUAACAAGAAUUGCGCGACAUUACAGAGCAAUGUGAAUACAUGUUUUGUAAAGUACAACAUAUGUGAAAGUGAAAUAAGUCGCAUAGGGACGGCCUUUCAGAGAUUUAAAAACGAUACAUGGUUGAAAUUUGACAAGAUCGAAGAAGGACAGUGGAAAAAGGGUAAUGAAGAUAUGCUGUGGUACUCAUUCAUGUCGCUUGGAGUUUGUGAAGUGGUGUUGACAAUUGUACUUGUCUGUUGUGUAAGAAAGGUACAUGUGUUAAAACGACAACUGGACAGACAACUGGGUAAAGGAGUUCUAACCCCGAAACCAAAGAAUAUGGAUACAAAGCAGAUGCACUCCAAUCAGAAAGAGACAGGUGGUCUAAUGAGACCAAUAGCCGUCAUAUGUUUCAACGAGACCAGAAUAUCGUUUUAUAGAGACCUGAUGGGAGAUAUUACAUCAGGCAUGGAAACAGAGUAUUGUAGGGUCUCAAAAAAGGAAGAUAUCUUACACAUAAAGUCAAAGAUUGCUGUACUGUUUGUGGAAAGAAAUGAUCGCCACAUAAUAUUGGAGUCUGAACAUGAAAUUGGAGACCUGAAAGUCAGUUGCGUUAGGUACAUCCAACAGAACGGAGGUCACGUGAUUGUGGUUUACUGUGGACACAAAGAAUCAGACAACAUGGGGGAUCUUUUAUGUAGUCCAAGUCUCACAUCUGCAGACAGACACAGAGAACUGAGAGCAUUGAAAGAUGAUAACUGUUUCCUGAGCAUCCAUAAAACAUUUUCUCAGACCCAGAAAAACCAUCUUAAGACCAAACUAAAGAUAUACAUAGACAGUAAAUAAUGUAUAAUUUAAUAUAAAUGGUGCAUUUGACAAAAUAUCUAUGUAAAUAUUUUUUUCCUGAUUUGGAGCUUUUUUUAUAUUUUUAAUUUUUUUAAUUUUUAAUUUUUUUUGUUUUUAUUACUAUUGCAUUUUUGACCAUUUACACUUAACCUUAAAUUUAACCUGGAGGAGGCAAUAAUGAUUAUUCGUAUGCAUAAAUGGUUUACUUUAGUUUAAAAAAAUAUUUGUAUUUUUAUCUGCUAUUUUUAACAGCAUAUUUUACCGAGCUUUUUUGUCACUUUGUGUUACUUGUAUAAACUGUUACCAAAGUUUACUGCUUUAGUCUUAAGAAAAAGGGAGUAUGUCAUUCCCUUACCACUCAUAGUUCUUCGUCCUACCCACAUACUUUAUGCAAGAAUUAACAACUGUCUUUGUUUAGUUUUAGAUCUCCUUUUUAGUGCCUGCCAUCUACAUUAACCAUAUUUCACCUCAGUGUUGAUUUUGUUCCCUAAUGAAUUUGCGAGUAUUUUUCUUCCAGUAUUCGUGUCUCCGAUGAAUAUAAAUGCCCUUAUAGAUAGAGCAUGCUCUCUCAUUGGUGAACUGUUUUGUAAUGUUGCAGUGAACCUCUUUCCUAUUCGUGUCUGGAUCCUUCCUUUAGCGCCUCCAUUAAGUAGACAGCACUCUGGUACUUUUUUAUUCAGUGACAGAAAAAAAUAACGUUAUUAUUUGACUUUUGAUAAGGUCUAUUUAAUUUAAACAGUAAGCUACCUUUGAUUUCGUUACUUCGGGAAGUGAUUACAAGUAUACAUCGGGUAAGUGUUUGCCAAAUCUAAAAUAAUGUGCAUGGUGCUUAAUAUAUGUUGUAAGGUCAAUUGUGAUUCAAUGUAUAUAUAUACAUACACACCACAUCUACUGAACCCGAUCGUAUUUUUAAUGCAAAUGGUGAGAAGAUUUGUAUUUAAAUGGGAAAUUGUAAACUCUACGCAUUUUAUUGUCAUAUAUUUCAAGUUUCUUAAAGUUUACUGACUUGUCCGAAUCAUACGUGUUUAAAUGGUUUUGAAAACUCAAUUUUUGUAAGAUAGAUUAACAAUGUUUCUGUAUUUUUAGACGAAAAUGAUGUCCAAUACGUCUCUAUAUUUUUUUUUAUGUCUUUUUAUAUCGUUGUAUAAAUUCUUCGACAGUUUUCCAAAUAUGAAGUUAAAGGAAACAAAUAAAGCAAACUAUUUUUUAAAAAUAUUUUUAACAUGUUCAAACAUGUAUUGGUGGUGAUUUAAAUUUGUUGAAAUAAAUUGUGUUGCAAUUAGUUUGAUUAUUUAAACUCUAAACUGACUAGACUACAGUGGAUAAGAUAUAGUCAAAAAUAGACGUAUUCUGUCCAACGUUAGAAUUUAUCUCAGUGGUAGAAUCUUACCAUAACUUUAUUUUACAGGUAUACAGUAUACAGUGUUCAUGGAAGUCAAUCAUUACACAUUGAUUAUUAUGCAUUUUAAUAUCUUUUGUUCGCACAAUUUGGUAAUAAGAAUUUUUUUCUACAUUUGCAGAGUCGCAAUCGGUCUUGCUUCGUAAGUCUUAGUAAUCAAAUGCACACUUUUG